AUGAUUAUCUCUUCGCAUGCUAGUGCGAGACUGCUCUGUCAUGCUGACGAUUGCAGAACGGAGGAGCACAAACGACUCGGUACAACAUUUCUGCAACACUGGGUAGCCUUCGAUGAUCGAAGCCAGCAAAAUGAUAUCUUGGCGUCGGCACUACGGUUUCUCCUCAGUCACGGUGAGAAGACCGAAGAUCGCUUGGAGGGUGAACCACUACUCAAUUCAAUAUUAGCAUGCGACGAAGAGUGGCGCAUCGGUAACAGAGUGCAAAAGUUCAUGAUCGCACUUGAAGCUGGAGCAGAUCCACGUCAGUCUGGCAAGGACGGAAACGCACUUCAAGCAGUGCAUAAUUUGUUCGCAACUUUGAAUAAACCUCACGGCACAAAAGCUUCCCGUGUGAGAACAAACUUCUGGGCACUCAAGGUCGAAUUGUCGAAAGCAGAAAGAAUGGUGCAGACAUAUCUUGCGCCUGAGAGUCUGGCACGGAGUCAACACGGUCCCGACGGCCAUUGUGCCUCGACCCAUACGAUCCUCUCUUAG